CAAAUGGAAGCUCCACCGAUCCGAAUCCAUUUGCAUCUCUCCUACUAGAGUUUAGGAGGGAAUUUCAAAAUGGCUUUUAGCCUUUUUGAGAGCUCUCCUCCAAUCUUCUUAUUACAUUUUUACCCGCCCGCCCAUAUUUGUACCGCCAAAUUUCUGGCGCCAACCCUUCCCGCCAAAAAAACCCCCAAAUCCCAUCCCCGACCCAUCAUCUAUAAAAUCCCAAACCCUACCUCCUCCUCUUCCCCUACUUCACACACCUCUCUCUCUCUCUUAGGGUUAUUCUCUCUCUCUCUCUCUCAAGAGGUGUCGUUGAGCAAUGGUGGUGGCGCUGGGGCCGGGGCGGUUCUACGGGAGCGGGCUCCCGCGGCCGCGCUUCUAUAGCGACGUGAAGCUCGGCGGCGCCCGGGUCGACCCGCCGCGGCCCGUGAUGGACCCUCUCCUCUCGUGGGCGCACGAGGCCCACUGGUCCAUGGGCGGCCUCUCCUUUGUCCGCCGCCGCCUCCAGGGCCGCAUCGAGGGCUCCGUCUCCAAGCUCCGCCGCCGCCUCCAACGCCGCAGCUCCCCCCGAAAGGCCCCCCAAAAAUCCCUCCCCGUCCUUGAUUCCGACUACGAUGACUCCUCUGAUUCACAAGAAGAAGUGGGAGGGGAAGUAGUGAAGGACGUUACCUUUGAUGAUGAUGAUGAGGAGGAAUCUGAUGCUGAUAAGAGGAGGGGCAGGAGGAAGAGGAAGCUCGGGGACGAGUUUGAUCGGAUCGCUGGAGCACAAGUGGCGGGUGGGAUCGGGCGGAGGACGCGGAGCCGAAGAGCGGAAGUGGAGAUCGGGGAGACAUCGUUGGUGCCUCCGCCUUCUCCUACUUAUACAGUUUCUGAGAAGGGGAAGAGGAAGCAGAAGAAGGUGGAUGCUGGGGUUGUGCGGAGGACGUCGCUGAGGAAGAAGCACUUGUAGUUGUUCAUCAAAGUUUGAGGUAAAAAUGGCAAUUUUCUGAUAUAAAUAAGUGAAAUUGAGUAGAUGUUAGGUUCUGAUGCACUUGUGUUGUUUGAUGUUUUUAUUGUGAGACUUUCUUGGUUGUUUACUUGCUCUCUGUAAGAGGAUUCUCUAACUCCUGGAAAUGAUACAGUUUGCUAAUGAUAGUUUAUGUGAAUUUGAAUUUGCACUUGAA